AUGGAUCCAAUCGCCGUGUUCGCGAUCCUCGAGAACUGCUACAAAUACGGGGAGUGGAUUGUCGUAUUCUGUGAAUCGUGCAAACAUGCAGAUGAAGAGCUCGCCGACAGGGCGCGGAAGGUGGAGAGCGUCUGGAUCAGGAUGAAGGAGCAGGCCCAGUUCAUGGAGCGCAUCGAGCCCGUGAUGAAGCCCGAGCUAAGGUAUGACUUCAAGGAGAGCCUGAAGGUCCUGGAGAGGAAGUUGUCCGUCGCCAAUGCCAACAUCCAGGCCGUGCAGCAGCACGAGAUCGCCCUGGGCCCGGGUGGCAAGAAGAAGAUCUUCCAGUUCCAGCGGUGGGCCAGGAAGGGCAAGUUCGCCUGGGAGAAGGAGACUUUGGACGAGAUCAUCACGGAUCUAGAUGAUUGGCGCGACCGUUUCGACCCGACGUGGUAUUUAACGAUGCUGAAUGCGAAUCCCAAAAUCGACGAGGAGUUGCGCAAGGCUGGCCUACAAGCCAGCCACCAAGCUCACCAUGCCCGCAGUGCCUCCAGAGGGAUUGACUCGAGAGAUGGCUCGUUCCCGCCGUCGCCUACUCGGACACCGCCGCCCAGCUACUCAUCGGAAACUCCCUCCCCUCGGGGUUUGCAGAGGAACCUGAGCUGGGACGUGCCGACCCCGUUGGCGCUGGCUGGCGGUAUUCGAGAAGCCGUACGCCCCAAGGACAGCACCAACGCCUCGGUGUUUCUCGCCGAGAGAGAAAUGGAAACGCUAUCUAUUCCAUACAGUUCAGCAAAGCUCGCCAAAUUCCCCACGUCGAGGAGCGGUAUGUCAAUGAUUCUGGUCAAGGUCGACAUUUCCAACGGUGUGAGCAAGGCCGACAAGACCGAGGACGUGCGGGACCUGGCCCGCAGGUUGAAGAACGCCAACCCGUACGCCUUUGGUCUGCUCAAGUGCACGGGUGCGAUCAAGAUAUUCCACAGAUCGCCCGAGAGGCGGGAGAAGUGGCUUACGGGGAUCGACAUCGUCUUCGAGACCCCCAAGAACACGGAUGCUCGCCAAAUGCACAGUCUCCGAGAGCUUCUGGUCAAGGCGAACCAGGCAGGCGAGGAGCUGACCUUGACGCGGCGUGUGCAGGUCGCAAAGGAGUUGACGCAGGCCGUCAACUACGUCCAUACCUUUGACUUUGUGCACAAGAACAUCUGCCCGGAAUCCGUGCUCGUUGUUGAUAACGACGAUGCCUUGACCUCGAGACGCCGAAGGUCUACCUUCCUCGUCGGUUUUGAGUGUUUCCGAUCCUCGGAUGGCAACACUGUCAUGAGGAGCGACACGGCAUGGGAGCGGAACAUUUACCGCCACCCCUCGCGCCAGGGGUUCAACGUCACAGAGAAGUACAGAAUGCAGCACGACAUCUACAGCUUGGGAGUCUGCCUGUUCGAGAUUGGGCUGUGCGAGUCCCUCCUGACAUUCGCCGACGUCCAGGGACCGCUGAAGCCCGAGUUUGGCCCCAUCAUCCAGGAGUUCCUGGCAUGGUACACCAAGAGCACCGGCAGGGAGCUUUCCAACGCCUACCAGUUCCACACCGCCGGCCCCAAGUUCAAGGAGUUCCUGGUCCAGUACGCCAAGACGCGGCUCCCCAAGAAGAUGGGCGAGAGAUACACGCAGGUCGUCCUGUCGUGCCUCACCUGCCUGGACGAAGGCAACGACAGCUUUGGGGACCUGGCAGGUGACGACGAGGAGUAUGAUGACGAGGAGGAUGGGUCUACCAUCGGCUUCCGCUUCAUCAAGCAGAUUCUUACCAAGCUGAAUGAAAUCAAGCUGUAG